AUGGAUAAAGUUUAUAAAAUCACUUCCACAGAAAGGACCCGGCUGUUAGAAAGAGAGCUGGCUAUACAAUUGAGUGAGCUGAGGUCUGAGAUAGAAGAACAGAGGGUCCUUCCAGGAAUGGCUCACCAAGCUUACAGUUCGGUUCCAAUACCAAAGGAUAUUCCUUACUUUAGAAGAGAAAGGGAACUGACACUGAGGAAAAUUUUACAGGUGCCCGAGUCGAAGCCGUUUGUAAUUCAGGCAGAUGUCAUGCAGAGGGAGCUAGAGAGCUGCCUAAGAAGAGAGUACACCCCUGAAAACUUACCUUUGCUUUUGUUGCAGUAUUACACGGAGAGAAGUAUGCAGCUGGUCCAGAGUAAAUAUUUACACAUGCUUAGGUGGAGGAGGUUUUGCCAGCACAGUAAGACCAUGGAACAACUGUAUCCUCUUUACAAGAAACAAGUCAGCUACAUUCUUCAGGAAUACAACGAUGCGGUUCAGAGAGCAGAAAGAUUAUCUGUUGCUCGAGAAAACUUCCUUAUGGGAAAAAACCACCCUCCUCAUUUAGUGACGCAGGAAGAUCUGACCAUUUACACCAGGUGGCUAGUAUGUCACCUACACUCCCUCAGGGCUAUUCACCAGUACCUUCAAACCCUCCAGUACUUACCCAUCUCUAAAGUGCUGAGUCUCUCUGACAACAAAAUCCCUGAAGUUGAGCAGGAAAAUGAGGAUGUCUGUGUCAAUGACAGCAGCUCCAACCUCCAGGAUUCUGCACCUCCUGACCCUAAGGAUGCCAAUGUUUCAGGUCCAAAGAAGACACAUACUGCUUUCAAUUUACCCCAGCACACAACAGACACUCAAGAACUAAAACCUCAACUGGGGCUUCUGCUCUCCCAUUUCUGCAUUCCAUAUGACCUGCAGGAGCUAAAGGACUCUGCUAAGGAAAUGGAGCUUUUUUCCUUGGUUUGCCAGAAAUUCCAAAGUAUCUUUGUGGAACAACAAAAAAUGCAAACAUUUCCAGACUAUGACGCUGGGAUAGCCAAAGCAGAGAAUUUGGGUUUGUCAAGACCUUCCAUGGCCCUGAAAAAGAAAGCCAACUGGAUUUCCUUUAUAAAGAUCAAGCCAAAAUGUGAUCCUUGGCAAAAGAAACUGUUGACUAAACUAAAGGAUUGGAGAAGAAUAGAUGUACUAAUGCAACUCCAAGCAAAGUUCUUGAAGAUCUCUGACGCCAAGCGUGUAAUGCAAGUGCUCCAGACUCAUGCUGCAAAGACAGUUACACUGGCUUCACAGCACCUAUCUUCCGUGCCUUCCCAGGGUUUACAUCAGAGCAACUAUGACCACAUCUGGGAGAAUAUUUAUAACAAUAUCAACCUCUAUCAGAAUGAAAAUAUGAAGGAUGAUAACCUUUCAAUGGAAGGAAAUGAAAAUGGUCUUGCACAAUUAAGUCUUAGCCAACACGCUGAUGGAUUUCUCAAGCAGAAAAAAGAGACAAGGUACAACUAUGCAAUGACCCUACAACUGCUGGGCUUGGAUGAUGGGAAUGACUCCAGUGACAGAAAUUUUGUCCUGAUGAGAGGAGCCUACUUGUCUUUGCUGUGUCUGCGCCAUCUGCGAAUCCGGAAACUACAGGCCCAUGGUGUCCAACUCAUGGAAUUCUUGGAAGUGGAGAGCCAGGAUGACUCUUACAGCAUAGAAGCUGGCUGUGUUCACACCCAGGACCAACGUGGUAUAUAUAUCAUGUAUGAGGAAGCCUUGGAGGAUCUGAAAGAACUGGAGGCAGAGCUGCUGCUUGUGGCUAGCUAUUAUAUCGAGAAAGAAAAAACUCACAAAACCAGCAGCAAGACAAAGAGUAGCCAGUGGGAAUGGGCCCACACAAGUGUGGACAGGUUUGCUGUGCUGGAUGACAUGUGGAUUUGGGAAGAAGCUCUUCUAGAAAACAAGCGCCAGCUUCUCGAUAGUUACUUUGAAGCCUACCAGCACACACUGGACCCUGAGCAGAAGCUUGCCUUAGCACAAGUGAUGACUGACAUCAUGCAUCGGCGCCCCAAGUUUGAUCUUGGCCACCCUUAUUUCAUUAAGGCCUACCAAGAUGAAUGUGCCUGCCUGAGGCUUCACCUGCAGCUGGUGAGGGGCAUCCUCAGCCAUCAGAUAGAGCAUCAGCGGGAGUAUGUCCAGAGGCUUUGGCGGGAAGAACAUCCAGAUGAGCGGAAUAAAUUUGGACUUCCCCUUAACGUAAUUUGUAAGCAACUCAUUUCCAUCAACAACAGCUACCAAGCUUUGAAAAACAUUUAUCUGCUGGAGUUCCACCCAUCCCUUGGUCUGGCUGGGCUCCUCCCCAGAGCCCUUGAGCACCUGCUCAGAGAAGCCCGUCAUGCCUGCAGGCCCACGUCACCCAGUGGCCUUGCCUUGCUAGAACAACACAUCCUGCAGCUGGCCCUGGACCUGUGGCUCCACCCAACCAAGCCUGAGGCCUGGUACAGCACACAGCUCCAGAAAGAUCUAUUUUCAGCUAAAGUGAUGGACGACCCUUUUCUCGUGGAGGAGCUAGGUCGGCUUGCACUCAAGUCUGCCGCAGAGGAAGGACACAAACAAGGCCGCAGUUGCCAUGAGCUGCUCCUGGAGACGUUGGCCAAACUACUGGAACUCCUAACCAUCCGCCACCGGCUCAUAGAAAUGAGUGUGGAGAGUGCUCAUCUGGCUUGGAUUUAUAAGGAAUUGGCAUGGGAAAUGGGUUUUGAAGAAUUCCACUUGUAUCUGAGACCUGUUCACUUUGAGUUUGCAUCACACAAGGACAAGGUGGACCAACCACCUCCUGUGUUUAUAACCUCUGUGCUGGAGGACAAUGGUCGUGUAGACAGAUAUGUUCCUACUACUCUUGUCUUAGCCAUCUCUGAGGUAGAUGACACACAAGUCGGCAAAUUUAGUUUCUAUACAAAAGAAGCCAUCCUGAAGCUCUUGUUCCAUUCAGGAGUGGAAAACAUGCAAGUGAUCCUCGCAUGCCAGACUGCUCAGAAAAAUGCUUUGAUGGUGGCUGUUCAACAGGCGACCUUCUAUCACACCCCUCGGAUGGGCUCGUCUGCUCACAUCAAGGAAACCAAUUCAAGUCUGAGGACUCAUAGUGGAAUUAGUCCAUCCAGAAGAAGGAAUUCCAGAAUUCUGAAUGGCAUGGACAACCUGCUGUCAUCCCCAAUGCCAAGAGUCCCGGAUACCCAUACUCAUUCUUCAGAAAGAUUUCAGACCACAAAACGAGCUCCAGAGGCUUUUGUGUCUAUUCAACUAGAGAAGGUGGGCUUGCGGGACAUGAUGCUCAAUGCCUUCCUCCUCAGAAUGCAGACCAUGGCUGACCAAACAAAGAGCCCUGAUGAAAUUGGAAAAGUCAAAAGGGAUGUUAUAAUUGAAUAUUGUCAGAACUUUAACCGCCACAUGUCUCAUUAUGCUCUCCGGAGCCAGAUCAUAGCAUAUUGUAAUAGUCUGAGGGCCCUGCUGGAAGAUUUCCCUACCAUCAGGGAUACUUUUUUCAUGGUGGGACAACCACAAGAAAAGAAAGGGUUAAAGGACACCAAGGAGGACUUCAAGGCGGACCCAAGGAACCAAGACCUCAACACAUGA